CUCCUUGCCAUUUUACGUACUGGCUCACAUGCUUAUAGGAGCUCCGAAUGAGAAGUAUCCUUCUUGUCUUGCAUAUCUUUCUGCUUUGCUAUCGGUCACCGUAGCCCUCGAGCUCCUAAAAACACUUCGUGUCCUCGCACUACACUCUAUCGGCUGAUAGCUACGUUUUUCUAUCUAGGUCUCGCUCUCAUAGUACACGACUGUAUCUGUCAGCCAAUGUAGUCCCCGUUCUCGGACGCUGUAUCGGUCAGCUACCUACGCCUCGUUCUCGUACGCUUUAUCGGUCAGCUGCUCAGCUCUCGUCUUGCUUCGUGCGCUUCGUCGGUCAGCUAAGUACCUGGACAUCGUUCUCGUGGUGCGCUUUAUCAGUCGGCUGCUCAUCUUUCCCCUCUGUGCGUUGGCGUGCUCGUACGGAUAGAGACGUUUCAAGUAUGUUUCCGUCGCAGUGCUUGAGCCGUUCUCCCAGCUCCAAUUCGAUAAUUUCAAAAAUACUCAAAUAGAUUUCCGUAAAAAAAAACCCACGGCAGUUCCCCUUCUUGAAGGCGAACCUCAAAAAAAUUCACCCGAGUUUACUCAGCUACAACAACAAGAACUACUAGUACUACGCGUACAAUCAAGUGGAACACGAAACACCAAUUGAAAGCAAGCAGUUUUUACAGUACGUAAGUUUACGCAAGUGAAGAACAACAAUUUAAAAGUGCAAGAACGAAUCGAAAAGUUUGUAAAGUACACUCACAGGAGUGAAGAGCGGCGAGCAGAAUUUUUCCAAAGGAAGGACAAGGAAAGUAACGAACACACGACCUUCUGAGCCUUGACGAGGAUUGGUUAUCCUGUGUAAAAAAGUACUACGCAACCCGUUGUCAAGAUGGCAAUAUUAAAUUACGCACUUUGGUGCGCAAGAAAUAUGUAGAUGAAGUUCUGGAACUUGGGCACCACAAGUGUGGACGUAGGAUGUAGUCGCGCGCAGCUGCAUACAGAGAGCUGCAUACAGAGAGCCGCAUAACGUCGAGCAAAAAACCUUAGUGGAGCAUGACAAAUUCGCUCGGAACACAGAUACAGGACGCCUCUUAUCGCGUCAAGGACUUUUGGAUCUACUUUUUAGACAUUGAUGUGGAAGGUCUGCAUGACAAAUCUAUGUGUGCUAGAACGUUUUUCCACAGGAUAGGGCACUCAGGCCAGUACACGAACUACUUAGGGACGACGGCGACGCGUUGGAAAGAAAAGGUUGGAACUUCUCCAAGCGCAAACGGUGACUGCGCUUUUCUUUUGCAGUAAACGACUAAAAGAAGAGCGGAGCGAGCGAAAUUUCGCUGCGAGAUUGACGGAAUUUUGGUAGAACUGGAAGGCCGGGCGAUCGAAAACACCUGAACAUGCAAUUGAUAUCCAUUGCAAUGACGUCCUUGGGUGUCUGGAGUAUGUCUGAAUUUAAGUAUUUGUGAUGCUCGCAGCGAGGUGUAUACAUACAACCAGUUGUUUGUACUGGGUGCCCGUCCACCCAUAAGUUAAGUGAGACGAUGAAGAAACAUCAAGGACACGCACAAACAUGAUGAUGAUGACUAUGCUGGCUACGGCCAACGUUGACGCGAGGGUCUCUAUGGGUCCGACCCUGCUGUCACUACAGGUUCAUCCGCGAUGGUCCACUUUCUAAAAGUCAGGGUCUCGCACCACGUUAGAAUUGCUUCUCUUUCAUUCUGUGGGAGAAAGAAAACCUUGCAGUCCUGCUCUUGCAGCUGCUUAGCCAACACAGCUUCUAGUUUCGCCUGACCUCGUCUACCGAGGAGCAUCGCGAAAAAAUUGGCUUUUCCAGAUCCAGACAGAUUUGCAAUGCAUAGGAAAUGGCGCGUACCGUCUUGCUCGCCUCCUCGGCGGGUUUCUGGGUGGGGGCUGUGUAUCAUGUCGAACCACUACCCACCGUCCCGUUAAUUGAUACACAAAGGGACGAGACAUAUGUGCACAAAGGGACGAGACAUAUGUGUUCUUUGUUCAUGAAGAUUUGUAUGCCACAGCUAGCUUUGUCUUGAUGCAACAUAAAAAGAUAGAAUUUAGUCGUGGGCAGCGACAGCUGUGCCUUGUACACUACUGCGCGCAAUCUGCGACGCGAUGGCGGCCUUGGCUCCCGCACGAGCGUCCCACCCACGCAGAGUGCAUUUUUAAAUGGUGGAAUAAAAAGUACUUUGCAGAUUGACACAAAAGAACGUGGCAAAAUAAAUCUAUUUGAAGUAGUACUUAUCUGUCUGCGGGACGAUUGGGUUGCUCCUCCUGAUAUCGUGGGGAAACUGGUGAAGGAAAAACUCGACAAAGUCCAGUUGGAAAAAGAGCAAACUGGCUAUCUUGUGUAAAACGGCGCUCGCAGCCCAUCGUCUUCAAGAUGUUGGUCCCGAGAGCUCUGCGAAGAAUGUUUGGUUUCCGUUUGGUACGACGCGUGUUCAUCAGCAACCAAUGGCCGCGUCGUGAUUGUUUAGCUGGUGCGGCCACAUCGCGAAUAAAUUCUUCUCGAUUAGCACGGCAAAUCGAAGCAAUUAAGAAACAAGUAUGGUGUCAGCGCAAAUAAACAUCAUACAUCUUCGGAAAAGACGUGGAAGACCUUGCAUGCGUAUUGCAGACAGUUCGGUAUUGAAAAAAUAAGCAAGCUUGCGUGAGAUGAGAUGGGAGCAUUCUGUUUUACACAGGGAUAUUCAUACCAGCACGCAGAUGACGUUCGGGGUGAGUACUGGCACGGGUUAUGACACGGAAAAAUGGUGGCAGCUUGCCAUAUUUAUACAGCAUCUUCUUAUUUGUAAUUCAAAUUCUCAUUCUCAAUGUCAAACUAACAGGCACAGAAGUGCAAAGACAUGAAAUAGAUAGAAGGGUGUGAGGAGCUGGAAAAUACUUGAUGCAGACAACGAAGAAGAAGACGCGGCAGCUGUCCCGACUUGUAGAAAUCUGCCAAUACUUGUAAUCCGUAGCACGCCCUUGCACGACGGGACGCGCGCACGCAAAUGCUUGUGUACCGUGCCAAUCACAAGUAUGGCAUGCUGCGACUUUCCACAGAAUAUCCUUCGUAACAAGCAAACAUUCCAGGCCACGGUAACCUUAAAUUCGUUUUGGAGAAUGCUUACAGGAUGUCUGCGUCCAGACUUCAUGUCCACAUACUUUGGAGAAAACAAAAGCGAGAGUUGCGCAUAGUUGUGCUGCCAGAUCUUGAGGUUACCACAAACGUGAAGCGUCUCAGCAAGUAAAAAGCUCAAAGCGGAGAUACUUAUAUCACCCUGAGGCAGGUUGCACAGUGCUAGGCCUACAUACUGAAACUUGUAGUACAGGUGCUGUACACCUCCAGACAGCGUUAUUGACUGCCUGCAAGAAAGUGCGCCGCACAAAUGCCGCCCGCCAUGUGUGCACGGUUGACUUGUCUUUCUGGCCACAAUUUGGGCAUGAAAAAUCGACUUCUUGUUCUUUCCGGUAGUGAUCUUCUCUUUGCUCGUCCCAAUCCUCCGGCGGUUUACCGUUUGGUUUCAUCCAUCCUCCUUCCUUCGAGAAAAGUCAAAGUGCGUUCCCGGACCCGGUCAUCACCAACAUGAUCCCGCCAGCGUUCACAUUCGCGCGCCGCCCAAGUGCACGACCUCGGGUUUCGCUCCAUCUGCACGGGAGCGCCCUUCCCUCUUGUUCAACCUCACAAUGCGAGCGGUGGUACGUAAUAUUCAAGAGCAACUAAUAGAAGUUGCAACAUACGAGCGGCCAACAAAAGCCGUCUUUUUUGGUUUUUCUGUGUCGGGGGGUCGUGCACUUGAUAAUGUGCAGCGCCGAAAUAAGAGCAAAGUUGAAAAGCGGCCAAUUUUUUUACGUGCUGCUGGGUCCUAGCCGUUCUUAGGUCUUCGGACAAUGGGUCCGGAGACCGCAAUGCAUUAUUCCAUCAAGCUAGCAGCAUGAUGCAUAUCUGGCUCUUUGUUUCGGAGCUCUCAAGCCCAGUGCGAUGGAAGCUUGAUUCUUUUUUUGUUUCCGCCUCUACAACUACUAGAGUAGUCCAUGACCGCACACGAGUGCUCGACGCCAAACGCUUUUGGAAAAAAUUGCCAACGACUCCAACAUACAACUUGCUCAUCAGGUAUCCAAACGCAUGCCACUCACCCAACUCCAUACGCUUUGCGAAUUUGUGAAACUACGGCGAUCUAAAUGUAGUUGUUUGAGUAGUUUGUAAGUCUUCGAUUGUAGUACGCAAACGCAUGAUAAGCAUAUGGUCAUCUGUGUGCUUGUCGUGGAAAGAUUUGUGGGGGGAGGCACGAUCUGAAGUAUGCUGGGCCAGACUUUUCGAAUCAUUCGACUCAACAAAAGACAUACCUCCUCUCUUUCUGCUCUACCUCAUUACAUAUAUUAGCAGAGCCAGCAUUUGUCGUGCGCGCGGAUCCGAGCGGACAACGGCACUUUGGGGAGUAUUGGGUGGUGGCGCUUUCCAUUAUUAUAAGAUGGCGACCAGCAGGCGGCGUGGCCGGGCCAGUGGCUGGACGCUGCUUUUUAUCUCGCGUGACAUAGGCCUUCCCACGAUGACAUGGGCUUUUCCCAAAAUGAUUCAGUAUUUUCUCACUACAUGAUGGCGUACACAGCAUACUGGUUAUGUCGCUUGAAAAAACAGCUUGUUGGUUUAUAUAUGUAGUGCAGCGCCACCGAUCUCAGGUUUUUCGUUUUCCCAACAACAACGUGCUCUAUACUUCCCGUGGAUUUUUGGACUAAAGACUGCCUCAGGCUCCUCCUACUUGUCAACAUAGAUCAUUGUGCAAUUUGCAGAGCAGUUUCAGAACUGCGGAGCUCGUUAACUUGUGCAGAAGUGAGGGUUUUGGUACUGUGGUGUAAGUAGCAGGUGCACCGUUCUCCGCAAGUCCUAUGCUUAAAUUUGAGACUUACAGACAUCAAUCCAUCUUACUAAUAGAAGGACUGUAAGGGAAAAAAUCACCGCAACCUUCAGAAGAAAAUUCUUCAGAAGAACCUUCAGAAGAAAACAAAAAUCUUCUGAAGGUUCAAAAAUGGCUGUUUUGAAAAAGACACAAAAUCGGAACGGAUUCAGGUCCUGUUUCGAGAAAUUUUUUUUUUUUUUUCAGACCUUCAGAAGCUUUUGUGGAAUUUUGACCUUCAGGAAGGUUUUUGAAACCUUCAGAAGAAUUUUGAUGCACAAAAGCUUCUGAAGGUUUGCCAGCUGUUCAUUUUUGACCUUCCUGAAGGUUUUUAACCUUCUGAAGGUGCAAUUUUUGCAACCUUCUGAAGGCCAAACGAAAAAAGUGGCGUUUUUUACAAAAAAAAUUGCAAAAAGUCGCGAAUUUUUUUUGACCUUCAGAAGGUCAAAGAACCUUCCUGAAGGCCUUCAGAAGGUUGCAGCUCUUCUAAAGGUCCAAAAACCUUCUGAAGGUUUUCUGCAGCUUUCCGCAAGCUUGCGAACCCAAAAAAUGUUUUCUUCGACUAACUCUAACGCGCCGCGUGGAAAGAGCGCGACUGGGCCUCGUUCGCGUUUAGAUGCUUCGCGCACUGCUGUCGCGAUUGCCGUCGCUCAAGAAGCGCCUGGCACUUUGACAAGAAACCAAGGCUGCCCGCUUUUGUAAAAGCAAAAAGCGAGGCCUGGCUAGGUAGCGGACAACGGGCGAGCUCUUUCCUGGUUUCUUCCUGAUCCGGCCGGGCCUCCAAAAUAGAAGCCGCCAAAGCUGGCCACUAUUGUAAAGCGAGAAGCGACCUCGUUACUUGUUUGUUAGUCUGGGCCCCAGAGACGAAGCCAAAAGCUGGCCGUCUUUGUUUCCCCCCGAAUUUGGCCACUUCGAGAGAAGCCAAACGCGGCCACUUUAUUAGAGCCGACAAAGUCGAGCGCGAAAAUUUUUCAGACAGACUGGCAUUAAAAUGGGGCCUACGCUGAAGAGUUGCUUUAUUUUUUCCCACGCGGCGCACGCCGCGUGGAUUGGUUCUUACUCACUCGCUGCAAGCUCGGUACUACCGAGGUUCUCAGGUGUAAAGGCAUGUCUUCCUUACCUCUCAGUAUAUAGAUACGAAAUUGCCUUUUUUUUCAACCUCGUUGCCUCAAUCACAUCCAAAGAAGAUUGGAAUUAUAUAUACCUUGGCAUUUUUUUUCAUUUUCCCGGUCUGUGGUGGCUUUUUGUUUGUGCGCAGCAUAUCCUCCAAUCACUCUGGCUGCAUGUGCAAGCGCUCGAAGCGUGGAAGAAAGAGUUCGACGAAAGGACGAAACACCUGACUGGACGAGUGGACGAAGAUCAACGGGUGCAGCGGGAGGCGAAGGAGGCCGCGGAGCGGAGGCCUAUGGUUUUUUUUUUUAUAUUUUUUCGGAGCCUGGUUCUGGUGGUCUGGGUCUUGGACUUACACUUAACAAGCGAACCGCGCAAACGUUCGGGGCGCGUACUAUCGUGCUUUCGCUUAAGCUGUUUUGCCUUUCCCGGGCCAACCUGAGUAGCAAGACGACAGAUUUUUUCCGGGCCUUUGCUGCUCCAGCUCGCUGCAUGCCGAAGAUAAUCCCCGUCCUGCUGGGGGAUGCUCGGCGGGGGUGGAGCUCCCUAGGAAACUGGUGAGGCCUGCUUAGUCUGCGAGCCUGCCGACUAAGGCGGCGAGGUCGCUACCUUUCCACGAAGGUAAAGGACCUCACGCCCCUGCGCAGUAGCGAAGGAUGCAAGGAUAAGUAUAGUACAAAACGACCCCCUCCAUACCGAAAAGGCAGACUUCUGAAAACUUCUGAUGCUGGUUUGUGGCCACCAAGAGCAAUCACGAGAAGGGUAAAUUCAGAGAGUGCACCGCAUUGUGCGAGUGCCUUCUGCUUCCGUCGCCUUUGCAGAGCAGACGUCUGCUAUGCUAAGUGCCUUCCAGUACGCCAAAAGCGAAACGUCCCUACGCAGGGAGGCUCACCGGCUGCCUGCAGUCACUGCAGCACAAUGCUGAUUUGUGUCGACAGAUCGCGCAUCACUGAUGUGCUCCACUUCCUCUGAGUGUUACCAUUUGCGCCCACGCCCACAAAUAGAUUUCCACUUGGAUAUGGGGUGGGGCAAUUUUUCAUCUUGAUAAUGGCGGCCGCUUCGCGUUUCGACAAUUUGUCGGGCCAACUGUCCCAAGUUCAGACUCUGGGAUCCCCAGGUAAUGCAAUGCCAAAGAGGUGGGGCCACCGCCCGACAGCAACAGCAAGGCGCCUCGUCACUAUGCUUGCUACAACUUCUAACUUUCUUACAUAGAUUGCAAGAGCCGGGUCCGCCGGGCAAACUCCGGGAUGAGGCCUAUAUCCGGGAUUACCAUCUAUAGAAUGUGAAUGGUCUGCUCGCAUAUCCAACUACAUUUAUUCAAAAAUCCUAAACAGCCCGCCGCGGGCGAGGACUUAGUUGAACACCGAUGGGUCGUCCACGCGGUGUUGACGGAUUUUUUCAUGAAGUACAUGGUACACAACUACGGCACCAACUGGCGAAACGCAGACGAUUGGAAGACCGCUGAAAAUGUCGAACGUCGCAGAAGGCAGAUAUGGUGCCGGAAGGUCGACUCUGCAUCUUUCGAGUCUGUUGUUUAUAGUUGUUGUGUGCUACGACUAUCGUGGGGAACAGUCGGGGACCCUUUGUGACCACAGACAAACGCAAAUGACUUCGUACAUACAGAGAAACGGAGAGUAUGUGUAUACAGAGCGUCCAUUCGUGACGUAAUCCGAGACACGUCUGUGCCUACGUCAGACACGUCUGCCCAAUCCAGAAGCAGCUAGGCAGCCGCGCAUCUAUUCAUUCAGGGGUUGGAAGUCGUGCCCGAGUCUCCUGAAUACUACACAGUCCUGCCGCGCGAGCCCCCGCAGCGAGACAAUACACUCAGCCAAUCCGGGCCGGAUUCUGCUUUUCCAGGUGUUGGCGUCACGCUUUGUUCGCUGUUCUGGGCUUAGCAAGGUACCGGCCGCCACCACCCUUGGAACCACCUCCUGUGUGUUGGUUGCCGGAUGGUCAUAGAGAUAUGAUUUGCGUGCAGUCCUCGCGAUGGUGGCGUGCCUGCGGCCCGACGCCAGCCGGCGGCUGCGAGGACGGCUAGCGCGGGUCUGCGGCUUCGGGUUUACGCUAGCAUGCGUUUGCCUGCCGGGCUUCGCGGGCCAGCGAUUAAUCGCGUUGCGCAUGUCUGGGGCGGCCCGCGGCAGCUGUGGCAGCCCUUCUGCAAGGGUGGGCGGGAGGAAGAUAGCGCUCGCCGGCCGCUGUUGCCGCGGACGGUCAAGGUACUUGGCAGGAAGCGCCUUUGCGGGCCGCCGCUCGCCUAGCCAGGUAGACUCUCUGGUCCCACGCGGGCGCCUCUGAUUCGUUUAGUCAGCCCCCGAUUCUCUUUGACGGCCUUACACCGCGGGCGCCGCUUAGCCAACGGCAGCGCCUUUGGGAGCUUGCUCGCUUGCCUGGCGGCUUAGCACCCGCCCCCCUGUUCGCCUUCUGAUCACGCAGCGGCUUGGUUACCAGUCUCCAGGCGUCUUCGAUGUUUCCCACAACGACCUGAAGUGGGUACUGGGUGGGAGUGGCCGCUCGGCAAGCCCUUCGCUGCUUCGUUGAAAAAAGCCCUGAGCCACCUACCGCAGGCAGUCUUACUCCACAUACAGAGAUAGCCCACCGCACUAAGGGCAUUUGAACAGCUGCUCGGCAGGGUCGCCUGUUAUUUUUGGCGCCAGCGGGCCACGCCCUGGCGGCACAGCCAGGCCUGCGACUCACGCAUGUUGACCACAGCGGUUUUUCUGCUUUUGGCCGGUCAGUCGUUUCGCGCCAGGCGGCCGGGGUGCGAGCCCUGUUUGUGCUGGCCGGGUUUGAAGGAAAAGGCGUAUUCCGUGAACGAUUUUCGGAGGAGCCGCCUCGAAGGAGCCGCGGCGCCUCUCAGACCCCCCCCGGAAAGGGCGGCUGCCAAACGCCUAUUUUUUGCCCUAGAGGUUGGGCAGGAAUUGUGUGGCCCCAAUGUCGCCGCAAGCUUUUGAAGCUUAGCUGGCCCCGAGCCUUCGAAACUUAGUCGGCCCUUCGAUUUGUUUUUUUAGCGCAAGGCCCGUCCGAAAUUCAAAUUCUGCAGGAGGACCGCCAGGGCCUUGCGUUUCUUUGUCAAGGUAGGCACGGAGAAUGCGCGUGCCCUUUGCUACGGUAACCAUGCCGAAGCGUGGUCUCGGGUGGCCACCGCGAGCCUUUGUUUCUCUGGCUUUGGGCAUUUUCCUCUCCCCAAUAAGGGAAACGCUGCGGAACAUUUGAAGCAGUACAUCUUUGCGCGUGGUUGCGAAUGUAGUGUAAGCAUUCAGCGGGUGACACACAAGGAAACGCAACGCUUCGAAAUUGCAGCGGCAGACCUUCCCAGCCCAUAAUUCUGGUUGAAGGAAGGGGCCCCGUCUGUUGAACACAAUGGCGCACCGUUGGCGUCCUUAUCUUGUGUGAAAUCGCUUGCCUGCGGUUCGCGUUUCUUCUUCUAGCGCCAUCUGAAGGCCCCGCUAUCGUGUGUUCAAGCCUAACCUGCCUGCCUGGGCGGCCUGUGUGAACUAAUAUGCAAGACGGCGCGCCGCCGACGCCGUUGCGCGUUUGCGUUAUGCAGCACAAUGCCCUGCAAAGACAUGCGUGCGCCGUGCUGUCAGAAUGGCCUAGAGGGAGACAGGUCGUGCGCCGUGCUUGCUGUUGCUCAUCGUGGAGGGUCCGUUAUAUGUCCGUGAAGAAGCAUUGGCAUUCGCAUUUGAAAAAAGCGCUCAAGCCGGGCCGUCUCAGUAUGGUGUGUGCGGCUCUCUGCGACUCGGCGAUGUGCAUGAAGUCUAAAAGACCUCGCGGUCGAAUGAGCGUAUGGCUGGUGUUGGUCAGUAUCUCAAUGUUGUGCCUGCUGGGGCCAUCAGAGAUAUCUGUGCGAGAGGCAGGCAGGUUUUUGCCUAGGGGCGCAGGUGUGUACUUCCGCAAGAGAAGGAAUGGAACGGGGCGCAGGUGGGUAUUUCCAUAGGAAAAGCGGCGUUUUAUACCCAUCAGAACGGAAUAUGGCCACUCAACCUGUAUCUGGUCAAAUUAGAUAGCAGCUCGUCAGGGUCUGGGUUGUCGCAUUUUGAAACACACAGCGCAGCCUCGUGCCUGGAGUAGCCUCCUCCGUGCUAGCAUCUUUGGGCCAUUUUUCUUUUGCUAUGAAGCCGAGGCCGCCUGGUUGUGCCUAACAUUCACACAGGCGUGGUCGACGGACUCCGGCGAAGUGGGAGGCCCGACCCAAGCCCUAGUCAGUGAGCAGAAGGGCCACCGCUUCGAACAAUCAGCCCCAUAUACUCCUGUCAACGGGGCUGGAUGUGAGGUCGGCGCGCUGGCUGCGGCCCGUGUGCAUCUCGUCUUCUCAUAAGCAGGGCCAUCGCGCUCUUUUUUAUUUCCGAACGAGGAAAACGGAAACCCCCGCGGCACUAUCCGGACAAGGACGGCAAGGCUAAUCAUGCUGCUCGAACUUUCCGAAGAAGCUGCUGAAGGGGCGCGCAGCAUUCGCAAAAAAUGCGCAGGAGCCCCUACUUACUACGGGCCCUAGAGGGGGGAUUCUCGGGGGGGCGUCCAAGGCGGGCGCCUUUGCGUACCCCUUCCCGGGGCCCCCCGAUACGAAUGACGACGCGGGCGCAUGACUUGGUUUGGCCGGGCCGUCGCUGGGCGUGCUUCCGGGGACCUUGAAUUGCGAAGCGUCCGGCGCGAUUUCGCGUCGAGCGCGCGCCCCCGAUAGCCGCCCGGGGGCGCGAGGGGUUCUGUGGCUGGCCAGGCUAGCCCCCACCCACCCCCGGAAAGCCUGCUUGCGCUUUGCCCUUGAAGAAGACGCCCACCCGUGGACCAGUCGACAGCUCUCUGGCAGUUCGUUGUAUCUCGGCCACCGAAAAGAAGCGAGGGCGCAUUUCCGCCGUCGCCAGUUUCUGGGCUUGCGCCCUCGCGAUUGUCAGCUUGGGGCUCUAUGAAUGCUGGCGCAGCGUCUGCGAGGCUGCACCAGGGGAUUUCGGCCUUUCCGCAAAAAAAAAUAUAGCGCGCGCCGUCCUCCUCCGCGAGCGCGAACCGAGCAGCCCCAAACGCGUUGGCGCCAGGGGCGCGCUGCGUUCCCCGCUAGCGCAGGUCGCUCGCGGGUUCGAGGCGCUUGAGACCCACAGGGAAAAUGCGUGACCAAGGCGCGCUGGCCGAAUGUUGUUGGGCGGUCGGAUACCCUGAAAAGCUUUUGGCUAUCUACCUGGAAAAGAUGCAGAUGGCGUGGCUAUAUAGAGUAAGAACCCCUGACUAUUCUGUCACGCAGGACGAUCGGGAUUUCGGGGCGCGUGUUUUGAGCGAAGCCUACCUUGAAGCAUUGCCGGCUGGCCAAGGGUGGAGUUCGCGCGCUCUGCAGGCAUUAUGGCCAUGAAAGCCCUUUGGCGCAUUUUUCAAGUGCAUCGCUACUCCUUUUGCAAUUUUUUUGUUUACCGUCACGAAGCCGAAGUCCUCCCGGCUGUGCGCCGUUUGCGUCACGCCGGUCCCCGAGUGUGGUGACUGGGCGGAGCGAAGUUGUUCGUCCGUUAGCACCAACCAUGGCCGCUUGCUUUUCUGCUAUGGUAAAUUGGAGAGGACUGUGAGCCUGGAGCGACGUAGCGAGCCGCCCGGGAAGGGCGCUAUCCCUUUAGUCAGGGGGCGCAUGCCUAGAAGCGAGGCGCCAAACCCCGUACCCCCCGCGCGGACACAGCCGGGCUCGCGGGCCCGCGUGCGCGCUCUCCGCCCCCGGGCCAUUCGUUUCGCCGGACCGAAGGCGCCGCAGCGCAAUGCCUGCAGGCUGCCGCCCCCUUUUCUUUGUGUGCGAGGCGGCCCGCGCCCCGGGGGUGUUACGCGCGUGCGCGCCGAAAGGCAGGAAUCCCGGCGCGCGGGCUCCGGGCGCGGCCUAGUUUCAUUCGCUCCCGACUUCGCGCGUUUUUGUUGGUCGCCCAGCUUCUUGUCGCUGCCGAUAGCUCUUGCCUGUAGCUGGCAACGGCGCCCGAAUUGCCACCCGGGGCGCUAAAGGCAAAAACUUCGCUUCGGCUCGAAGAAAAGGACCUCAGCCCGCCCGACGCGGUGUGCCCUGCGAACUUCGCCAGUGGCUGGCAUAGCGUGCGGCUGGCCGCUCGCACAUUUAGCAACUACGCGCGCUAAGCCGCGCGCGCCUGCUUCUUGGGUUGUCGUAGGCGCUGCACUUCAAAAAGAUCGCCAGGCGGUUUUCUGGUUCAUAGUGUUGCGCGGAAGCUCUUGCCGUAUGCUUACCUACUUGUUUUCGUGUGACUGCACUGCUUUUGCUUCCUACAGGCAGUGGCGCUAGCGUUUCAAUUUGAAUACCGCUCGACAGGCUUGACAGUACCAGCACAGAUGGUGCAGCUCGCGUUGGCUGCAGUGUUGUGCGCCCUCCUAGCAUGCACCGGCUGCAGUGCGAACCCCAAUGCCAGCGGUUUGAUUUGGUCCGGGCGUGCGAUCGUAUUCUUGUAGUGGCCUAGGUAUGUGCGCGGGGAAAUAAUAAUAAAGCAGCGCGCGAUGCAAAUGCAUAGGCGCGCAUGGGGCCGUGGAUAGCACGCUGCUGUUGGCCGCCCGACGCGCGCUGCACUCUUACCCACCGGGCAGGUCGCCUGAACACAUGUCGGGCCCGCGGCCGUUCGCUUUGCCUCGCGGCGCCCCGAGCGAAUGCGCUUCCUUCGGAGGUUUCGGAAAAAGCCAUCGCAGAAGGGCCGCUCGGCCGGCGAGGCGCCGGCCGCGCUCACUUUCCGCGCGAUCGCCGGCCCGCCCGGGCCCUCUCGGCAAUGGGGCGGGCCGCGGCCUGCCUGCUGCAAACAUGAAUCAGCCCGCGAGGCUGCAUGCGGUGCCCGCAGAGAAAUAUCCGUCCGUGGCAGGAGCCGUUGGCAGGUAUUUGUAGCAUAAGGGCCGCGGUGGCGGGCUUCGUACAAGAAAGUCGGGAGGCAUCGCGUAAAGAAUGGGCGGGCCAGCGGCCCGCGUUCAGCCCCACCUUGCCCUCUUUUUGGUUAUUGGAUGGAACUGCAGGGCGGCGUUUCUUUGAGAACAUUGCCAAGCGCCCGUGAAGCUUUUGGGUGGCCUGCAGAACGAAGCCCGCACGGAAGCUUUGGUGCUCCCGCCGCGCCCCGCCAUUCCGAAAGAAGCGGCGCAGUGGCGCGUCCGCGCUGCUUUCCAUCCGUAUUUUUUUCCCGAGUUGGCGCGGGCGCGCGCUCGCGUGUCUUUGUUGCUCCACAAGCAGGGCCCCGCAUGUGCCACCGCGGGCACUGCUCGCUGCGGUGCUUCAGGUUCGGUAGCGCCCCCGCGCUCGCGGAGGCAGGGGACGGGGGCUCGGCCGGACCCAGUCGCGGGCGGGCAGGCCCUCGUGCUCGCUAUCUAUGCUGGCGCCGCGCUUUUUUCUCCCCGCCCGCUCCGCGUGCCUCAGCCAAGCGUUUGGGGUCUCAAGUGUGCGUGCGUGCGUGCGUCUGGGGGCGGGGGGGGGCGAGGUGGCCGCGCGGGCAAGCGGCGAAGCCCUAGCGCAGCCAUGUACUACAGAAAAACUAAAGGGUGCGCGUGCGUCCUGCGGCGGAGCCUUCCAGGUUCGCGUCAGGCAGCCAUGCCGCUGCUUCGCUUACGUUGCUGAAGGCGCGGGGGCGUAUGUUUCCCUUUGCCGUAAUGCCGCCCGCUCGCGAGGGUCGCCGCCUGUGAGCACGACCAAGCAAGAAGCGCCGGGAGCAUGCCUGCAACCGGGCCUCUAUUCUGUGCAGGCGUUCUGUGCUGCUUCGCGUUGGUUUUCCCAGUUGAGUGGGCUUACUUUGCACAGAGUCGCGAGUGGCCCCCAACCACGAAAAGCAGGGCCGGUGCGUGGCGGCCCGCUCAAUUUUUGCGGCCCGAAGUGGAGGGAGGGUUCCGCGUGACCUCCCGGGCACGGCCCCCGCGGUGCAUUUGUGCGCCCACGACAAUGUGCCCAAGCCGAGAGCACAGCCGCGUCCGUGGCGGGGCAGCUUUCCGCUUGCAGGGGCCUUCUUCUCUCGUACUGGUGCAGCUGCCGGGGGAAAGAGAGUGCUUCCGAAGACGCAGGAGCGAGAAAAGGCCGCCGUACCGCAUAAAGACGAAAACUCCGGCGCACGCCGCACAAUGGAGAAGGGCAGUCCAAUCUAGGCAGAUGCAGCGGCGGCCCUCUCGUGCUGCGCCUCUAGCCGUUGGUCCCGACAUUUCAGGCCGCCCGCGCGGGCCCGUUCCCCCGGCCCGCAGGCUUUUCUCUGGGAGGACGUCGCGUUUCUUUAGUCGAAAAGCUCGACUAAGUAGGCGACUUGGCUCAAUCACUUAUAUAAUUAUAAAUAUGGCGAAUUACUUGUACUUGCCCAGUCUAUUUUAUGUCAUUUCCGUAUCCUUCCUUGACAUAAAUGCACAUUGUCUACAGCGUGGGGAUGGGAAGCCGGGCUGCAAAAUCGCAGUACAAGCAGCACUACGAGCACUACCAGCCGGCUCUUUUUUGCAACGAGGCCCGUCGCGUGGUCCAUUUUUACAAGCGUAGCGUCGUGCGGUUAAGGCGGCGCCAGGCGGUAGCAUCACCCGGAGCGGCGCUUUAGCGGUAUGGCGUGUAGCGAAGGUCUAGAAUCAGCACUACGAGAAGCGCACAGCACUUUUCCACACACAGAUGACAGAUGUGCGCUUGAUACUUACAACUUUCGCUAGCUUUGGUGGAAUUGAGAAGCAGCACUACUAUGUAUGUGAAUGUGUAGCGGAAACCAUCUUUUUCGACAUUAUUCAGAUUUGUUACUACAAUUAUCAUUUUAUAUUGCGAUCAAAACUGAGCACGAGCAGCACGAGCACGACACAAGAAUUGACGCAGUCGAACUUUGUCUGCGAUUCCACUAAGUAUUAUCGAUUCAUCAGGUUUUUAUUUUGAUUAUUCACUUUUUUUUAACAUUUGCUUAAUCUUAAACUCUAAGACAAUUUUUACGAAACCUAAUGACAUACUUCUAUGUUUUUCUUUUUUUCAUUCUCAGAUGUCAGAUCCAGAUGUGAUACGUUCCCCAUGACGUAAGAAGGUAUGUACUAUUUUUCAAGACUCUCUUCAAUCGACUACUCUAAUCGUUCCAAGACUCGUCUGUGUGCAACCGCCGGAUUGUAAAUGUAGUUGGUUCCACCGAGCUUCUCCGCUGGAUUCCAUUUUUCGAAGAGUGUCGAGUACUUUGAAAUAGUCUGUAUUUCCAACAUGCUACUGGUGUUGUAAAUUUCUAUUUCACCAGGUGUAGGAAUCAGAUGGAUGAAGACUAUUUUAUGUCUCGAAGGCGAGGUCCUGUCUACCACUGUGAAAAGUGCCCCGUCCCCAGAAGUGGCAACUAGUUCUGCCGCGCAGUGUUUCCAGAAAAAAAGUGGUAACUUUUAUAUGAAAGUACUGCGAGGUCUCUGCCCCACACCGUGACUCUAGGCAGGCAAAGCACUCCUCGCACGAGAGGUACCGCAAGUGCUGGGCUUUUUCGCGAACCAGUUCUCACUUGCUGAUAAGUAUCCUUGUCCAUCAAGAAUCACUAGGAGUUGCUAGCGUGCAUGCAGCUACUACUGCAAGAUCACGAGCGCUUCCACCAUGGAGAAGCUUUGCCAUGCAAAAGCAUUCAAGUUGUGGCUAUAAUGGGGUAGGGGCACUUUUCACGUGGAUACCCUGCUCCGGUCGGCAUAGAAGAUGCAUCCUCUGAGUAGAAUAAUUUUCUGUUGCACAAGAAUUGUAUCAUUCCCCCAAAAAUAAAGAUCCAUCUGCUUGUACAUUAAUGUAAAAUUCAAGGAACGGCCCCGC